AUGAUGAAGAAUCACAUGGUCGAUAAAGUCAGAAGAAAGGCUGGGCUUCUUGAUGRAAAGGAAGGAAAACCCACAAGGUGCUACACAAACUGUUCGGAAUCCAUGAACAAUGUCAUGAAAGCAGCAAGAAACAGUUUUCUUAAACAGCGCGGCACAACGCAUUUGAGUAAGCUUGAAUUUACACGACACGUGUUCGAAGCAGUACACAACCAUCACAUGGAGGAGCUACAGGCAGCAGUUGCUGGUGUAAGCGAUGAAUACGAGCUGGCUGACUGUAGCAAGUAUUUACAGGUACCUGCGGACAUCUGGUUUGAAUGGUCACCUGACAUGAGGACCAGUUAUAUUGAACGCAUGCAGAAACUGUCAAUGGAAGAAAUAUUCGAGCAGAAGGAGGUACCUUGGCCGAGUCUAGAUACAGACAGAGAACGCACAGAAUUCAAAGACCUACAGCUUGAUGUCUCAAAUGUCCUAACUGUUCAUUUCGGGUACUCAAAUGACAACGCCACUGCAUUGAAGAGAGAAGUACUCAACUUAGCCAAUCACCCGAAAGCCAUCCAACCGAAAGCUUCACUUGCAACGGGAGGGAAUCUGAAAUUUGAGGUAGCCAGUCGGAGCGCAAAAAAUGGAUGUGUGCUUGUGACAGUGUACAGCAACCACGUGGCAUGUGUUUGCGGGAGAUAUCGGCAUGACGGCAUUUGUAAGCACUCCAUUGCUGUUGCUGCACGUCAAUCAAUUCUACCGGCCCACUUCGAUUUCCUUAAGAAGAAAUUCAAAAAAGGCGGAAAAGGUCGCACUGCCCUCGCAGAACAUGACGUUGACAAGCAAACAGCAGGGAAGAAGGGUGCUAGAAACAAAUACUCCUUUAGGCCUGAACGAGGAAAUACAAAAGAGGUGCCUCCCAAAGAAAGCCAGGUAUAUAAAGAAAUACGCCAUAAUGACAACCCCUUUGUCUUGAUGUUCCUCCCUAAAGAUGCGAAGGUGUGCAAGUCUUGCGAAACAGACUUCUGUCAUCGCAAGAAAAUCGUGCCCUUCGACAUGGUUUUUGGACACAAGGAACGUUGGUUCUACCCAGUCAAUGGUGAUUGGUCAAAGCGCAGGGCAUCAGCGAAAGAAACAACUCGCUACUAUCACACCAGGAAUCAAUGCAUCAGUCAACGUUUUCCUUACUUUAGUUGGGAUUUCGUUGAAAUAUCUCCAAGUGUUGAGCAUUCCAUCAGUGAGUCACACAAGAAGUACUUGAGAAAUGAAUUUCAAGACUCAAAAUUUUGA